AUGCGGAACGUGGGAGCCCCUCGCAAUCCCAAGAAGUACUGCCGCUUCCAUCGGAACCGCAGCCAUGACACGGAGGACUGCUUUCAGCUCCAGGAUGAGAUUGAAGCGCUCAUCCGCCGCGGGGUACUCAAUCGGUUCGUGAAGAACCGACGUGAAGAAAGAAGGCCGGCGGAAGACACCGUGCCGCUUGAAGACCCAAAUGACAACAGGCCCAUCGCCGGCACCAUCAAUGUCAUCAAAGGAGGAAGCUCAGCCGAAGAGUCAGCUGAGGAAAAGACCUCCCUGAAGCGCCCGCGCACCUCCGAAGCUAUCUCAUUUUCGGAUGAGGACUUAGGAGAGGUCAAGACCCCUCAUGAUGAUGCCGUGGUUAUAUCCAUGGUUGUAAACAAAUUCCAUGUAAAACGGGUCUUGGUUGAUAAUGGAAGCUUGGCGAAUGUUUUGUAUUAUCAUGUCUACCAAAAAAUAGGGUUAGUAGAAAGCCAGCUUCGGAAAAUAAAUACCCCAUUGGUCGGAUUUAUCGGGGACUCAGUCCCGGUGGCGGGCGAGGUUAGCCUUCUAGUAACGGUUGGCCUCGCCCCCCGAGAAAGCACCGUAAGGAUGGACUUCCUUGUGGUCCGCCUGCUUGCAGUCUACAAUGUUAUUCUUGGGCGACCGAGACUCAACGCCCUUCAGGCCGUGGUCUCAACCUAUCAUUUGCUCGUGCGGUUCCCUACUGCUGAAGGAAUAGGCGAAGCCCGAGGAGACCAGAUGAUGGCUAAGCAGUGCUACAUAGCGACAUGCAAAGCCAAGCAGAGGACCGAAGCGUCAAGCCAACAAGAGCUACUGACCGAGGCCUCGACCCAGGCGAUAGAUCGCACGCUACCCAUCGAGAUCUUGGACGUGCGAGAUAACCCCUGGGAAAAGCGGGUAGAGCCUGGUGAGCUUCUUACCCAAGUUUCCUUACUAAAAAAUUUUCCAAAAUUAACUGUGCAGGUCGGCUCCGAUCUGAGUCCCCGCGAGAGGGAGCGCCUGACCGAAUUUCUUCGGGCCAACAUAGACGUUUUCGCCUGGUCGCCCGCCGACAUGCCGGGGAUCGACCCCAGGAUCAUGACUCACCGACUCCAAGUGAAGCUGACCUGCAGACCCGUGAGACAGAAGAAGCGGAGUUCUGCUCUGGAGCGACAGCAAGCGACAGCCCAGGAGGUGGACAAGCUUCUUGAAGCUGGCUUUAUCCGGGAGAUCCGUAUGGCACCGAAAGAUGAAGAGAAGACUGCCUUCAUUACUGACAAGGGCACCUACUGUUAUAAAGUGAUGCCGUUCGGAUUGAAGAAUACGGGAGCCACCUAUCAAAGGCUAGUCAGCUAA